AUGAGACAGCAUCGUUCUCCUCAAGCACUGCCGGAACAUGCUUCUGCAACACCACUGCGGCCUCCACUAUUUGUCGCACAGCUACCAGCCAGUGGAGAGGGUAGGAGGCAGAUCCGAAGAGUCCUGAUCGCAAACAGGGGCGAGAUAGCUUGUCGAAUAAUUGCAACAUGUCGCAAGCUCGAUCUUACUUCCAUUGCCAUCUACGCUGAAGAAGAUUCAACUUCCCUCCAUGUGGACGAGGCAGACGAAACCGUGAACUUGGGCAGCAUCAACCAAGCGGGCGGGAACCCAUUUCUGAACAUCAACCUCCUCGUUGAGGUUGCUCGGUCAAGAGACGUGGAUGCUAUUCACCCAGGCUAUGGCUACUUGAGCGAGAAUGAGCAUUUUGCAGAUGCUGUCCGCAAGGCCGGGAUGAUUUUCAUCGGGCCCAGCUCGCAGGCGAUGUCGACUCUAGGUGAUAAGCGGAACUCGAAGGAGUAUCUGAGGAAUCAUGCACCAAGUGUGCCGCUUAUCCCCGGGUUUACGGGCUCGAGCCAGGAAGUCGCCGAGCUCGAAAUGGCCGCCGAGAAAGUCGGCUUCCCGGUGAUCCUUAAAGCCUCGGCUGGGGGCGGAGGACGUGGCAUGCGGAUUGUCCGUGAACGCUCUCAGCUAGCGGACGAGCUGGCUCGGGCCCAAUCAGAGGCAAAGCGCUCCUUUGGCUCCAGUGACUGUAUCCUGGAGAAGUAUAUUGAAGCAGCCAAGCACGUGGAAGUGCAGAUCGUCGGCGACAGCCAUGGUAAAGUCCUUUCGCUGUGGGAGCGAGAAUGCUCUGUCCAGAGACGCCACCAGAAGAUCAUCGAGGAAACGCCGUCGCCUUUUCUGACGCCAGAACAGCGGCGCAAAAUGUGCGAAGUGGCAGUCCAGAUCGGCGAACUCAUAGGCUAUGAAGGGGCGGGAACGGUUGAAUUCGUCGUCGACGCUAGCGACGGGAGCUUCUACUUCCUCGAAGUCAACACCCGGCUGCAGGUCGAGCAUCCUAUCACGGAGGAAGUCACUGGCCUAGACAUCGUGUCGCUGCAGUUGUUCGUCGCUGCUGGUGGGUCACUCGCAAAUCUUCCUGCUGUGCAGCAAAUCCCACAACAAGGCCAUGCCAUCGAGUGCCGCCUCUGCGCCGAAGACCCCGAAAACAACUUCAUGCCUCAGAACGGCACGAUCCGGCUAUGGCGAGAGGCAGACCAGCAUUCGCCCACAGCAGCCAGGGACACACGUUACGAAACGGCCGUGAGGACUGGGUCCGCAGUGUCAAUCUACUUCGACUCAAUGAUCGCCAAGAUCGUCGUCUGGGCUCCUACGCGCAAGAUGGCCAUCUCGAAAAUGGUCAAAGUCCUAGCCAACACCGUUUGUGCUGGCGUCAAGACGAAUCAGCUGUUCCUCCAGACUUGCCUGUUGCACUCCAGUUUCCAAGACCCAGCGUACACUACCUCCCUGAUCCCCACGCACCUGGACAGCUUGCUGCGGAAUCCCCACGUGAAGAACGCCCGUACCGGCGCUGGGGACAUGAUCUCAAUGCUGUCUCUUAUCCCGGGACUACUUUUGAGAGACAUGCCAGGGCAGCACGACGCCCCCAGGCCUUUCAAGCACGUGAGAUCCGACUUCCGGAACCAAUACUUCGAUCCGGUCAACGUGUCGACCACCAUUACUGUGCCUGGGUCCGUGUCUUCUCCCACGACUACAACACCAAUGUUAUCGGUGUGGAAGACGUGCACGCAGCAUCACGAAGGCGGGCCUUCGCAAAGUUUCAACGUCACACUAUCGCCGAUACCAACCCCGACACCCGUGGCACACGACGACGAUAGGUCCAAUUUAGCACCUAAGAUUGUCGUUGCACCUGGCCUUGCCCUAUCCCGCCAAUACCACGCCAUAAGCCACAAACUGCGAGACGGCUCCCUCGCGAGCGCGCCCCAAUACACCGUCCAACUCAGGAAAUACAGACCACUACGAACCUCUGCGUGCGGAGACCCACCCGGAUCCAAAACCACCUCCUGGUCAACCGCCUCGAUCGCCGUCUCGAUCAACAGCUCCACCGUGACCGCACAUAUCGCCACGGACUACUCGCCGACCACCUCUGCCAAUUCAAAUUCGACAGCCUCGUACCGGACAUUCCUAUGCCACUUCCCCGCGCUGGGGACCUGGAUCGAGUACCGAUCACACAGUCUCCUCAGCUACAUGGAGAGUCUGCGUCCGGCGCUCUCCACAGCCUCAGCAGAGGGGACCGUGUCAAAGGUCGUGAAGGCUCCCAUGCCGUGCAAAGUCCUGGGCGUGCUGAAGCAGAAUGGCGAGAAUGUUCGAAGAGGGGAGGUCGUCAUGGUGAUUGAGAGUAUGAAGAUGGAGACGAACAUCAGUGUCAGCGUGGAUGGGAAGUUUGGCACGGGGUUCAAGGUUGGGGACGCGGUCGAUGAUGGGAAGGUGCUUUGUUGGGUCGAGUGA